UACUUCAAGCCUAAGCGCGCGGUUCGAAAAUUCGUGUGACGUCACGACUUCUGGUCAUAAUAAACUUCGGAACGCAUGCAGUGGCUCUUUGCUGAUUGCUGAAGCUUCUUACGUUGUGCGAACGCUGAAGCAGAAUACUUUGAUUUUUUUAUGGUUUUAAGGUUGGAUGUAUUUUAGAGAGUUAUUAAAAUGCCGGGUAGAUGCUGUGUACCAUUAUGUAAGGGAAACUACCCAACAGGACCAAAAGUGUCUGUAUUCUCCUUUCCUAAAAAUGAAGAUUUGAAGAGAGAGUGGCUUUCUGCAAUCCAACGGAAAGACUUUUCACCCAAAAAGAGUUCAAAGGUUUGUGAAUUGCAUUUCAAGGAAAGUGAUUUUAAAGUUGAAGCUUCAGCAUUUGAUUCUAAGAAUGGAAUUUUAAUUUCUGCUCCACUUCAGGUAUUCAUAACGAAGAAAGGAGUGUUUUUAUCAUGAAAUGGCUCUCAGGUGUAAAAAUGCAUAGGAUAUAUCUUAGUUUAUUGAAGUUAAGAAUUGGUGCUUUGUGGACUAAAAAAUAUGUGCAAUAUCCAUUGUCACACCACUCUGUUCAAGAAUAUCGAUCAGUCCUGAAUGAUAAAGAAAAUGAUUAACAAAGGAAUAUCUAGAACUUGAUUGUGUGCAUGAUUUAAUUCCAAAUAUAAGUAUUGGAAUAAUUCAUCCUCCUUAUUUUCAACAAAAACUCUUCAUUUGGUAAUAUACAUUUGUGCUUAUCAGUGUGGUGUCUUGUGUAACAAAUCGUCAGUAUUAUAAAAUAGAUGGAAAGAUCUUUGGUUAUUGCAAGAGCUUUAUGUGCUGAAGAAGUAAAAAAAAAAUGUCCCAGAUAAUUGUGGAUAUUAUGAAACUGAGUAUCAUAAGAAUGGAAAAAUAUUUCUUAAACAAAUUACCUUGUGAUGCAUGUAAUGGGUAUGUUUAUUUUAUUUCAUAUAACUGUAAAUUUAAUUAUUGAUAAUAAGCAAACUUUUUUUUUUUCCCUAAAAUGCCAUUGGUGUAUUGUCAUUAUUCUAUAUUGACAUGUAUUCUCUUACAUUUAUCAUUGAAACCAGAGAUUUUAUAAUAGAAUAUGGGAAACUUGUGUUGAAGGCCUGUUGAUUGAAAUACAAGUGACCAUUACAUCUUUGGAAUUUGCAUUCUCAUUGCCAAUUUUGAAAAGACAUUCUUUUACAUUUUCUUAAAAAAGUUAACAUUCUAAUGACUUUAGAAGUAAACAUUGGCGACUUCAUAUGAACCAGUCUCUUGGCGAGUUUAGCAAAAAAUUUGCCGAUGGCUUCCCCAUAACAGAACUGUACUGGAUUCUAUACCUGAAUAUUGCAUUAAAAGGAGAGAAAAACCAUUUAUUAUGAAGAUAAUAAAUGAUUCAUAUUACGAAUGUUCAUUUCUUAUAAUGAUCGAGUUUUAUAUUCUUGCAUUGUAUUUCUUUUGUGUCAACACAGAAUAAAUUGUGUCGGAUUUCAGUUAUAAUGAUAUGUGUAAAGAUGCUGUAAUAAAAUUUGUUAUAAAUGUA